UUGUGGCCUUCAUAAAGAAAACGUAAUUAAGUCAAUGGUUCCACUGUAUGUGAAGAUGGGAAUUGUGUGAUUAUUACUUUUUUAUUCAUAUACUGAAUCUUUAUUACUGUUUUAAACGUUGGAGUUGUUGAUAUGGCUACACCAAGAUCUAUGGACAAGAGGCUGCGGUGUUUCUUCUCCAAUUUUUUUUUUCACCAGAAAUUUGGAUGAGAAUAUGAGCUGUGUUGCAAUAGAUAAGCACCUGUCUAAUAUUUUAUUUGCUUUACCUCUGUCAAUUGAGGCAGAAAUGAAAUUCCUGAAAGCCAAACUUAUUGGUUGUGAGGUCCCAUAGGAAUCUACGUCAGUAUUUGUAAAGAAGAGUCAUCUACAGCCUAUCUUAGGCAAACUGUUUCCUGAUAAUUAAGCUAACAUUUCACAGACCUGUAGGACAAACUGAAGAAUGUGUUUUGGGAGAGAUGCCUAAGCUAUCAGAGGACAGAAUUGCUUUAUAAGUUCCCAAACAAUAGUGAUAUUUAAAAUAUAUUCUUAAAGGACAUUACACUUUCAGCUUAUUAGACGUUGAUGCUCUUUAUUACUCGCAAUUACAGAAGGAUAAUUUGCCUGAGAAAAAUUCAUUGCCAACAGCAUGCUAGACCUCCAUUUCAAUGAGGAAAUAACUGUUGCAAGCAGUCCAACCUACUGUGUUUUCUACGCAAUGCACUGCUUGUUCUGCUCAGUGUGACUUCAGGUAAAACUGUAUUUCCAAAAAGCACCUCAGUCAGCUGUGAAUGCAUACGGAUUCCCCAGUAUCAAUCAGAGAAUAGGAUUUCAAAUAUCCUGAGCCCAGAAACGUGCCUGGCACUUGUGGCUGGCUCUGCAUCUCAAUACCCCAGAUUUUUGCAAUCUCUGCUCCACUGAAGGAUCACAGAUGCUGUAUGGGGAAAAUACCCUCUUAUGGGCUGUGAAGAUCUGUCUAUAAUCGGUGUGUCCCAUAUCUUGUAACCAGUUAUUUUGCUUAGCUUUAUUUUGAAGACAAGAAGAGGAACAAAUAAAUGAGAGAGCAGACCCAAGCACUGAUGAACUUUGAACUUAUUUGAAUGUGAAGCUGAUUAGCCACAAUUGAGAGAGCACAAAACCCCAAUCUGAACACUCUGAAAUUCAACACAUGAAGCUCCAGGAUCUAAAUCCUGUGUUUCACAUGCAUCUUCACCUGUAUCCAUCUUUACCUGUGAGAGAGAAAAGCAGCUUCAAAUCGUUUCCUUCCCAGAAGUUUGGGACUGCUUCUGCACUGUGUAACGCUGAGCGGAGCGGUGACGCAGUGUCCCAGCUGCUGGACCCCGGGUUUUCCCCAAGUGUCAGCUCACUCCUCCUCACAGGUGAUUGUUUGCCAUCAUCAUCUAAAAGAGCUGCAUCUUCCAUGACUAGAUUUACAGGUACAACCACUUAAAAAAAAAAAAAAGUAUUCACGGCGAGGUAAAUAUGCAGGUUUAUUGCAGCCAAGCCACUCCUUUCAGUGCUCAUUCCUUCUUAGACAUCUGCUCACCAAUGUUAAAACCCCGAGCACCUUUGGCAAGGGGAGAGAUCUGCAGCACCUGUAGCAGGGGAGCAAUAUUUAGGAAGGAAGUGUUGUCAGAGGAAAAGCAGCAGCUUCAGCUUGUGUCCCAAGACAAGUGAAUCUUGAUGACAGCAGUUUAUCAUUAACCUGCACACUGCAAGAGGCAUAUAAGGAGGGAAAGAAGAAGAAAGCCAGAGAAUCAUCCAGGAUGGAAUCCACCAUAAGGAUCAACAAUGCUGCAGACAUCUCUGUUAUUGUCAUCUAUUUUGUGAUAGUCCUGGCAGUGGGAAUAUGGGCCAUGUACUCAACCAACAGAGGGACAGUAGGUGGAUUCUUUCUGGCCGGACGGAACAUGGUUUGGUGGCCGAUCGGUGCUUCACUCUUCGCCAGUAACAUUGGCAGUGGACAUUUUGUGGGCAUAGCAGGAACAGCAGCAGCUGGAGGAAUUGCCAUUGGAGGGUAUGAAUGGAAUGCUCUGAUAUUUGUGGUUGUUCUAGGAUGGCUGUUUGUACCCAUCUACAUCAAAGCUGGGGUGGUGACGAUGCCAGAGUAUCUGAGGAAGCGUUUUGGUGGGAAACGGAUUCAGGUCUACCUGUCAAUCCUUUCACUGGUCCUGUAUAUUUUCACAAAGAUCUCAGCAGACAUAUUCUCUGGAGCCGUGUUUAUACAGUUGGCCAUGGGUCUGAAUCUGUAUGUGGCUAUUAUUAUCCUGCUUGUUAUUACUGCUCUUUACACCAUCACAGGUGGCCUCGCAGCUGUGAUUUACACAGAUACCUUGCAGACGUUUAUCAUGGUUGUGGGAUCUUUCAUUCUCAUGGGAUUUGCAUUUAAAGAGGUUGGAGGGUACGAUGCAUUCAUGGAGAAGUAUAUGAACGCAAUUCCAUCCAAUAUCACCUAUGGAAAUAGCACAAUUGAUUCAGAAUGCUAUACUCCUCGAGCGGAUGCUUUUCACAUCUUCCGAGAUGCUGUCACUGGAGAUCUGCCGUGGCCAGGGCUCACGAUUGGUUUGAGCAUCCUUACUCUGUGGUACUGGUGCACAGAUCAGGUUAUUGUCCAAAGAUGUCUCUCUGGCAAGAACAUGUCCCAUGUGAAGGCUGGAUGUGUGAUGUGUGGGUACCUGAAGCUCUUGCCCAUGUUUAUCAUAGUGAUGCCUGGAAUGAUCAGCCGAAUUUUGUAUGCAGAUGUGGUGGCUUGUGCUGUGCCUGAAGUCUGCCAGCAGGCCUGUGGCACCUCAGUGGGCUGUACAAAUAUUGCUUAUCCAAAAAUGGUAGUAGAACUUAUGCCAAAUGGUCUACGAGGUCUGAUGUUAUCAGUCAUGUUGGCAUCCCUUAUGAGCUCCUUGACUUCCAUUUUUAACAGUGCCAGUACGCUGUUCACUAUGGACAUUUACACCAAAAUUAGAAAACAACCGUCAGAGAAAGAGCUUAUGAUAGCUGGAAGGGCAUUUAUGGUGGUUUUAAUUGGCAUCAGCAUCACCUGGGUUCCUGUGGUGCAGUCAGCUCAAAGCGGGCAGCUCUUUGAUUACAUUCAGUCAGUUACCAGCUACCUGGGACCUCCCAUUGCUGCUGUCUUCCUGCUUGCCAUCUUCUGCAAGCGAGUAAAUGAACAGGGUGCCUUCUGGGGCCUGAUAGUUGGGCUGCUGGCCGGGCUUGGUAGAAUGAUACCAGAGUUUGUCUACGGAACUGGUAGCUGUGUGGCCCCUUCCAACUGCCCGUUCAUCAUCUGUGGGAUUCACUACCUGUAUUUUGCAAUUAUUCUUUUUGGGGUUUCUGCCAUCGUUAUCCUGGCAGUCUCCUUCAUGACUAAGCCAAUUCCUGAUGUACAUCUUUAUCGCUUGUGCUGGACUUUGCGGAACAGCAAAGAGGAACGUAUUGAUCUUGAUGCAGAUGAUGUGGAGGAGAAACCUGAUGAAAAAGAUAAGGAAUCAGUUUCAGAGGAGAGUGAAGACCCAGGAUGCCUAAAGAAAGCUUACAACUGGUUCUGUGGCUUAGAGCAACAAAAAGGACCCAAAUUAAGCAAGGAGGAAGAGGAAGCACUGAAGAAGAAACUGACUGACACAUCAGAAGUGCCACUUUGGAGGAAUGUUGUGAAUAUCAAUGGCAUCAUCCUACUGACUGUGGCUGUAUUUUGCCAUGCCUAUUUUGCAUAAGCCUCUGAUUGCAGUUCUGAAAUUGUACUGUAUUGUCAAGAAGAAACAAUGAGUUGUAAACUUACACAGAUUCAUUUAGUAUUUUCAUGCUCUAAGUUUGUAAAAAUCAGGAUAAUUUACUCACUGAUUCUGUGAUCACAAUUUCAACAAUCUCAAGAUCAAGAAUGAUAGGAGUUCAAGAAAGGGAAUUUCCAUUUGGAAAUUGAAUCAGUCCAGGAUUAACAGAGGUUCAGAAUUUUCAUCCUAUAUUCUCUCUUCUCACGAUACAUUUCAUAUUUUAGGUGCAGAACAAGGCUGCACGAACCAUUGGCUCAUUUCAUGAGCCAUUUAUCAGGGUUUGUGAAUUAUCUCUUGGGGCCAAUGAUACUAUUUUAAUUUUCAACUCUUUCUCUUCUGAUCAUUCAGGUUGGUUUUUUUUUUUUCCUUUGCUUAUGAUAAUUUGAUAACUAAAAAAAAACAACCAUCAAACAACUGAGGGGCUGUAUUGUGGGCCAAACUAAAAAACCACUUUUGUUCUCUCCAAGCACAGCAGUGAAGGGCUUUUGUAUAUAUCAGUGCAUUUGAUACUGCAUCUAACUUUCCAUUGUCACUUUUUUCCACUUUCAUUUUUAUGAUAUUUUUCACCAUCUUGUGUUUCUCAGUAAUGAAUGGAACAUGAACCACCUGAACUGACUGCCUUUUGAAACUGGUCAAAACAGGAUUCAAUUAUCCUAUCAGGAAUUCUGCUUAUGAUAGAUUCUCUGCUUAAGGUUAACUUCAAAAGGUCCCCCUCUUGUAUAUUUUAAUGUGUAUCUAUACUUGAAUGUGAAACUUUUUUUAUACAAAACACAUGUAUUAUAUAUGCAUACAAUACAUUAUAUAUAUGCACAUAUAUGUUAUAUAUCAGAAUAUAUGUAUGUGUGUAUAUAUAUUUAUUUAUUUAUUACUGAUUGAUUCCCAUCUUGGUAUGUCAAAGUUAACCUCUACCCACAGCUGUUAGGACCUCUUUAUCCUGGAGAUGGUGUUAAUGUUUUGCCUCUUUCUAUGAGCUGUACUACAAAACAAUCCAUGAACAUUGUCGAAAGUCCAAAGCAUGAGUGCUGGUUUUGCAUUUUUCUUUUCAGAACGUUUGAGGGUUUUGUGCCACUUCUCUGAAAGACUGUAAAUAUUUCUUCUGAAGACUGCAUUGAGAAAUACAAUUCAUGCUGUAUGAAAUUUCAGUAUGACAGUGUGAGUUCAUGAAGGAGAGCAGCCACAGCUGUGGGAUGCCAGCUAAGUCAGUCUGAUUGGCUCCACUUGCUAAGUAUGAGAUCCGCUGGAGAUAUGGGAGAAGAUAGGUGUAACACUUCAAGUCAAAAAGCAAUAAAUCCUGUAAUCUAUGAGUAAUCCAGCCUCUGGGGGAAUAAAAUGUAGAAAGAAGACAUCAGCUGCUGUGGUCAAGCCACAGCACAACUCCUUGUUACUGUUGCACAGUAUCAUGGCAUGAUGCAUUGUCUCUUCCCACAGCACUCUGCAGCAGAACUGCCCUGAGGUGGGUGCAUCUCAAUAAAGCUGGUGUCACCUCUGUACGCCCCACCACGUCGCUGCCAGCUCCUCCAGCUUUAGUCCUCACUUUAUCAUCUGACAGUAUCAUCUCUUCAUUUACAUCUCAAAGUGCUCUGCUGGUCCUCGUUAUAAAGCCUGCAGUAUACUGAAAAGGUUUGCACGAGCCAGAUUAAAUCAGUACUAUAUAAAUAUCAGUGCAAGCUUUUUAUUGCAGUUAGUGAGAGAGUAUUUUAAAGACCAUGGAAUGAAUUAUAUUUAAUGAACUUUGAAGUCAUUUAUGUAUUAAAGUAUUUGUAUGUUUUGAA